AUGCCGGAUCUCUAUAUGACUCGUCCCCGUAACUUCGGCCCUGGUUCUCGUCAAUGCCGUGUGUGCUCCAACCAGCACGGUCUUAUCCGCAAGUACGGCCUUAUGAUGUGCCGUCAAUGCUUUAGGGAGAAGGCCAACGAUAUUGGAUUCCACAAGUAA